GGGAAAAAAUAUUGUCAAGCGUGCGCACAACCUCUAUAUGAUGAUAAAGCUUAUACAUGCAUGAGAAUGAGAUGUGAUUAUGCUCUCCAUGAAGCAUGUGCGUAUCUUCCUCGUAUGAUAACACAUGCGUUGCAUGUCCAUUCACUUUCAUUGGAAUCCUCAUAUACCCAAACCAUUCAUUUUUGUAAAGCUUGCGAACGUCAAUUUUUUUGGUUUUAAAUAUGUGUGUUCCAAUGGUUGUGAGGAUGUUACUUUAGACGUACGAUGUGCUUCUAUAUAUGAGCCCUACAUUCAUAGUUUUCAUAGCCAUCCUUUGUUCAUAACUGAUACAGGUGAAUGUUUGAUUUGUGGAAGAUAUGUAUCUAAUUUAAUAUGUGAUGAAUGUGGCUUUACUUUAUGUUUUGGCUGCCCAAAUCAACCAUAUAAAGCGAGAUACAGGAAUGAUGAACAUCUACUCACCUUUUCAUAUGAAAAGGAUACAAAUGGAGUCUACUGGUGCGAUCUUUGUGAAAGAACAAUAAAUUUUAGCAAAGGAUUCUAUAAGUGCAAUGAGUGUGAAGUCAUACUUCAUAUUGGAUGCUUACUUGGGGAGGAUUUAUAUAUGAAUCCUGGUUCAAGUAUCACACUACGAGGAACAGAAUACAUUAUUGCUCAAAACAACGCUCACAUCACUCGACCUAUCUGUACUGGAUGCCAAAAACGCUGUCAGUACAUGAUAAUUUUCAUAGCAUCUUCUGGAGAGAUAUAUUGUUCGGUACGGGAUAUAUGUAUCUACCAUCUCAAAAUGAGCUACAAUCUCUACAUUAUUUACAAAUGGAUGUUGACUGGAAAAUCAGACUUGGAAGAAAAAUAUAAGGUUUAA